AUGGCAUUUCAAAAUUUCAACAAAUUCAAUAACGCAGUUUCUGACAAACAUAUUAACUAUUUUGCUCGUGAAGAUUUUAGCGAAAUUGAGAAAAUUACGGAAGGCGGGUUUAGUUCUGUAUACAAAGCCAAAUGGCAAGACUACGGAUUAUCAAUAGUUAUAAAACAUUUCAGAAUUAUUAAGAGCUCAGACGAAAGAAUCAUCAAAGAG